AUGGCACUACGCACCAGGAGGACUUGGUUUGGGGAGCUUUUGCGCAGGGUCUUUCGGCUGCAGGACUCCUGGUCCAGGCGAUCCAGUAGUCUCCUGUGUCUCUCUGCAAACCAGGAGCAGGAUCUGGGUUUGUGUCACCACAAGUCAGGAGGUUUUCACCGCGGACACAGUCACCAGAGCGCACCUUUCUGCGCCUCCGCCUCCAACCGCUGCCCACACGGCUUCCCCCACGCUCGCUGCGUCUUCCCGGGGAACCCGAGGGGACAUGAGCCCCUCGGUCGCCGCUUCCUGUUGGCCAUGAAGCGGCAAAACGUGCGGACCCUCUCCCUGAUCAUCUGCACGUUUACAUACCUGCUGGUCGGGGCCGCUGUCUUUGACGCCCUGGAGUCUGACUUCGAGAUGAGGGAGAAGGAGCAGCUGGAAGCCGAGGAGAAGCGUCUCCAGGGGAAAUAUAACAUCAGUGAGGAUGAUUACCGCAAACUGGAGACCAUCAUCAUGGAGGCUGAGCCCCAUAGAGCUGGGGUGCAGUGGAAAUUCGCAGGGUCAUUUUACUUUGCCAUCACGGUUAUUACCACCAUAGGCUAUGGGCAUGCAGCACCAGGGACCGAUGCAGGGAAGGCCUUUUGCAUGUUUUAUGCCGUCCUGGGAAUCCCUUUGACUCUUGUCAUGUUCCAAAGUCUGGGUGAGAGGAUGAACACUUUUGUCAAGUACCUGCUGAAGCGGAUAAAGAAGUGCUGCGGUAUGAGCAUCACUGACGUGUCCAUGGAGAACAUGGUGACUGUAGGAUUUUUCUCCUGCGUUGGCACUCUGUGCAUUGGAGCUGCCGCCUUCUCCCAUUAUGAGGACUGGAGCUUCUUUCAGUCAUAUUAUUACUGUUUCAUAACUUUAACAACUAUAGGCUUCGGGGACUUUGUGGCCCUUCAAAAGAACAGGGCCCUCCAGAAGAAGCCGCUAUAUGUUGCCUUUAGCUUCAUGUAUAUCCUGGUAGGCCUGACGGUCAUCGGGGCUUUCUUAAACCUGGUGGUGCUCCGUUUUCUUACCAUGAACAGCGAGGAUGAGCGGCGGGAUGCUGAGGAGCGGGCUUCGCUAGCAGGAAACCGGAACAGCAUGAUUAUCCACAUCCAGGACGAGUCGCUGCCGCGGGGCCGGCGGCGGCGUGAACCAUACCGGGCAGAAGUGACUGAUUUGCAGUCAGUCUGCUCCUGUAUGCACUACCACUCGCAUGACUUCAGCAGCUCUGGGGGAGGAAUAGGAGGCUUGGGAUGUGCGUUCUCCCAUCAGAACUCCUUCAGCUCACAGCUGAAUCCUAAUCAGUACUUUCACUCAGUUUCCUACAGGAUUGAGGAGAUCUCACCCAGCACCUUGAAAAACAGCCUCUUCCCUUCGCCCAUCAGCUCGGUGUCUCCGGGCCUCCACAGCUUCUCAGACAAUCACCAGCUCAUGAGGAGAAGGAAAUCCAUCUAA